UCGGGGUUACGGAAGGGAAAGGAGCCCACGCUCGGAUGGACCUGGAGGAAGGGCUCAGCGAGGAUCUUCGGCACGCCCAGCCAGCGACUGGCCAAUGGGCGUGGCGUAGCGGUGGCCGCACCGGGAAAGGCGGGGUCAUUUGCGUGUGGGCGAGGCCUGCAGGCCAGGGGGCGGAGCCUGGGCGGGGUCUUUUUGCAUAUCCAGCAGGCGGAGGGCCAAUGGGCGGGGCGGAGGCGGGAGGGGCGCUUCCCCGCCCCCAGAACGGAAUCCUCGGGGGAGCGGAGCAGGCUCGCGCGCGUGCAACCCGCACCGGUCCCCGGCCCGCGUCAGACCGCGCCGCCACCGCUAAGGCAGCAGCACUCGGGGAUCCGGGCCCAGCCGGGGCCGCGGGAGGCGGGGGCGCCCGGGCCCUGGAUGUCCCGCAGCGCGGCGGCCAGCGGCGGACCCAGGAGGCCUGAGCAUCAUUUGCCCCCAGCCCCCUGUGGGGCCCUGGGGCCCCCUGACGCCUCCAGGACGGAGCCAGACGGGGCAGGCACCAUGAACAAGUUACGGCAGAGCCUGCGACGGCGGAAGCCAGCCUACGUUCCCGAGGCGUCGCGCCCGCACCAGUGGCAGGCGGACGAGGAUGCGGUGCGCAAGGGCACGUGCAGCUUCCCGGUGAGGUACCUGGGCCACGUGGAAGUGGAGGAGUCCCGGGGGAUGCAUGUGUGUGAGGAUGCUGUGAAGAAGCUGAAGGCGAUGGGCCGGAAGUCCGUGAAGUCCGUUCUUUGGGUGUCAGCAGACGGACUCCGAGUGGUGGAUGACAAGACCAAGGACCUGCUGGUAGACCAGACCAUCGAAAAGGUCUCCUUUUGUGCUCCUGACCGCAACCUGGACAAGGCUUUCUCCUACAUCUGCCGUGACGGGACCACCCGCCGCUGGAUCUGCCACUGUUUCCUGGCGCUCAAGGACUCCGGUGAGAGGCUGAGCCACGCCGUGGGCUGUGCCUUUGCAGCCUGUCUGGAGCGGAAACAGCGGCGGGAGAAGGAAUGCGGAGUCACAGCUGCCUUCGACGCCAGCCGCACCAGCUUCGCCCGGGAGGGCUCCUUCCGCCUGUCUGGGGGCGGCCGGCCGGCCGAGCGAGAGGCCCCCGACAAAAAGAAAGCAGAGGCAGCAGCUGCCCCAAGUGCAGCUCCUGGCCCUGCUCAGCCUGGGCACGUGUCCCCAACACCGGCCACCACAUCUCCUGGUGAGAAGGGCGAGGCAGGCACCCCCGUGACUGCAGGCACCACUGCGGCCGCCAUCCCCCGGCGCCACGCACCCCUGGAGCAGCUGGUUCGCCAGGGCUCUUUCCGUGGAUUCCCGGCGCUCAGCCAGAAGAACUCGCCUUUCAAACGACAGCUGAGCCUCCGGCUGAAUGAGCUGCCAUCCACGCUGCAGCGCCGCACUGACUUCCAGGUGAAGGGCACAGUGCCUGAAAUGGAGCCUCCUGGGGCCAGUGACAGCGACAGCAUCAACGCUCUGUGCACGCAGAUCAGCUCCUCUUUCGCCAGUGCUGGAGCACCCGGGCCACCGCCAGGCUCAGCAGGGACUUCGGCCUGGGGCGAGCCCUGUGUGCCCCCCGCAGCUGCCUUCCCGCCUGGGCACAAGCGGACCCCGUCGGAGGCUGAGAGGUGGCUGGAGGAGGUUUCCCAGGCGGCCAAAGCACAGCAGCCACCACCGGCCUCGGUGCCCACCGUGCCCCCUGCCCUGCAGCCCUUUGCUGCCCCCCUAGGGCCUUUUGACGCAGCACCUGCCCAAGUGGCUGUGUUCCUGCCACCCCCACACAUGCAACCCCCUUUUGUGCCCACCUACCCGGGUUUAGGCUACCCACCCAUGCCCCGGGUGCCCGUGGUGGGCAUCACCCCCUCACAGAUGGUGGCCAACGCCUUCUGCUCAGCCGCCCAGCUCCAGCCCCAGCCUGCCACCCUGCUCGGGAAAGCCGGGGUCUUCCCACCACCUGCCGCACCCAGCGCCCCAGGGGGCCAGGCCCGCCCACGCCCCAGUGGAGCCCCCUGGCCCCCGGAGCCAGCACCGGCCCCAGCCCCGGAGUUGGACCCCUUUGAGGCCCAGUGGGCAGCGCUAGAAGGCAAACCUGCUGUAGAGAAGCCAUCCAAUCCCUUCUCAGGCGACCUGCAGAAGACCUUCGAGAUCGAACUGUAGCCUGAGCUGCCCACCCCACCCCUUCAACUCCAGGUGCCCCACGCCUGGGAGUAGAGGCCCAGCCUCUCCCCUCGUCCUGCUCCCUGGGGCUGCGCCCCCAACAUCCCUGAACCCCUUCUCUGGACCACCCCCCACAACCACUACAGAACCAACAUUGCAAUGCCAGGUUGUGGCAGGAUGGAGUUCAGGGACAGCCCCAGCCUGGCUAAGGGACCCAUUUCACUGCCAGACUUGGGCUGGCCUUGCCCCCUUUCGUCCCAGCCUCGGGAUUGGCCACAAUUCCUCCGAGUGCCCUCGGUUCCACCUCCAUUUCCGUUUCUGUUGUUGACCUUCCACCUUCCAGUGUUGGGUGGGAUGGAGGAGGGAUGCCCAUAUAGGGGCUCUCCUGGGCCCCAAGUCUGCUUGCAUUCCCCCCAUACACAGCACAAGCAAAGGGCUUCCCUCUGCCCAUCUGCUGCAUU